CUUCCUCCGAAAGUCAAGCGCAAUGGCGUCCCCUGACGCACCCCCUCCCGAGCCAAAGCCGCAGGGAGGCCCCUCAAAAGCUCCCAGGUAUCCCAACCCUCCCGAAGUGAAGCCGCCGAAGUGGGCAAAUCCCCCGGAAACGGAGAUUCCUGACCCGACAACGCUCCGGGAGCAGUGGAGAUAUGCGCAGCGGAUGUAUGGGCGCUUGUACGGGCAGGCUUGGGGAACGGCUAUCAUUGCCGGGGUGGGGCUCUAUGCAAUAGGCUAUUGGUGGAAAGGGAGCAACCCAUUGCUGCCGAGCCCGAGUAAGAAGGAGGAGAAGAGAAGUAGCUGA